UUUGUAUACUUACGCUCUGCACAUUUCUAGCAGAUAUUCUAAUUGACGAAAAAAAAUAAGGAAUAAAAAUUAACAAUAAGUUAUUAGAUCUCAUCGAUCCUUUGCAAAAACAUCUUUAGAACUUCUUAAACUGCCUGAGGAUACACCGUCAUCAAAAAUAUCAAAAGAUAUCGGGAUGCAGAAUCCGAAAAUGCAAGUUCCGCCAUUCACGCCGCUAGAAGCAGCCGCUAUAUCCUGCGUUCUCGAGGAGUGUUUACACCAGCUCGCCGUAAUCGGAUUCAUGAUACCAACCAACGUCAACCCACGCUGGGAUGACUCGUUCAAAACAAUCGACGAGACAUAUGGAGUACCUGAUGAACCUAGAAUUAUCUUCAGAGAAGACAUGGGUCUGUUACCGAUUAUACCCACAGAAGCUGAAAAAUUACAGAGGGACAGGAACUAUGUGUGUGAAGUCUUAAAAAAAGUCCUUCAGGAAAUAAAAAACUAUAGAACAUUCGAUAGUCUGCAAAAAGAGGUUGAUAAUAUCGCGAAGAAACUUGAAGACGAACGUAAUCUUGAAAAAAGCGCCCAGAUGUGGCUCAGCCAAGCUGAACAAUUUCGAGAACAACUAGAAUCCGAUAAAAAAGCGAACGAGGAAGACAGAAAAAAAACGAUAAAACUCGCGCAGGAAAGCGACGUGCAAGUUGAUCACGUGACAUUCUUAAAUAGUGGAAAAUUGGGCUUUGCGGAAAAAUGGGCGAAAGCUAGAUUGGAGCAGCAGGAACUCAAACUGAAUCUGCAAAACAGAGAUAUGCUGAACAAACUAAGUGAAUAUUCAAAGGAGUAUAAUGCGGAGCAAUCUAUUUCGGCUGAAAUACAUACUUACUUAGAAGCAGACAUUAAAGAGAAAGAAGAGCAGAUAGAGAUGUGGACGAAAAAAUAUAAUGAGGAAAUUGUGGAACGGCAGCAGGAAGUCGAUGAAUUAAAGAAACUAAUAGAAGAACAAAAAUUAGAAAUAGAAGAAAUGCGCACUUUAAUAGACAAACGGCAGAAAUUUAUCGACGAAUGCAUCGCCGAGGAAAAUAGAUUAAAAGAAAACGAGAAGUUAUAUAAAGCCGCAACUGUUAUUCAAUCGACAUGGAGAGGUCACAUGGUAAGGCAACAAUUAGGAAAAUACAAAGGUCUGUGGAAACGAUUGAAAAAGCGGAAGAAAUUACGCCAAAAAAGAAAAGUCUGAUGUGAAUAGAGAAGAGAUAAAAAAUACAUCUAAAAAAAAAACCCCUUUUUUCAGUGUCUGAAUAAACG